UGUUUAAACGUCUGUUGGGGAUGGCAAAUUCCUCCUUUUAACCUGAAUAUCUACCCCUUAUACAAUCAAAUACUAUCUGAGAUCCUUCCGUUCUCUGGCGAAGGAGAGAAAGAAAUGGAUGUGUUCAGAGCACCUGAAAAUGAGUCUCUGCUCUCUGGUCCCACCGCAAGCUCCACACCUUGGGAUCCCUUCCACCACCCCCUGGAAUUCAUCCAGCCCUGGAACUUCCAGCUUCUAGCUGCAUUAAUGUUCUUGGUGACAUCUCUGUCACUCUCCGAGAAUUUUGCUGUCAUAUUGGUGACUUUUAAGUUCAAACAGUUGAGACAACCUGUCAAUUAUGUCAUAGUAAACCUGGCUAUAGCUGAUUUUCUGGUCUCAUUGAUUGGUGGCACGAUCAGCUUUUUUACCAAUAUAAAAGGCUAUUUUUAUAUGGGACAUUGGGCUUGUGUACUAGAGGGAUUUGCCAUCACAUUCUUUGGAAUCGUUGGUCUCUGGUCUCUUGCUCUGCUGGCUUUUGAGCGGUACAUUGUGAUCUGUCGCCCACUGGGAAAUAUGCGCCUGAGGGGGAAACAUGCAGCCCUGGGCAUUAUCUUCGUGUGGAUCUUCUCCUUUAUCUGGACCAUCCCUCCUACCAUGGGCUGGAGCAGCUACACCACCAGCAAGAUUGGAACUACCUGUGAACCCAACUGGUAUUCAGGAGCCUAUAAUGAUCACACCUACAUUAUUACAUUCUUCACCACCUGUUUCAUACUGCCAUUACUUGUGAUUUUGGUAUCCUAUGGAAAAUUGAUGAGGAAACUAAGAAAGGUGUCAGAUACUCAAGGCCGACUGGGGACUACAAGGAAACCUGAAAGACAAGUCACUCGAAUGGUUAUUAUUAUGAUCCUUGCAUUUCUAAUCUGCUGGUCUCCAUAUGCAGCCUUUUCCAUUCUUGUCACUGCAUGGCCUUCCAUUGAUCUGGAUCCUCGUCUGGCCGCAAUCCCAGCUUUCUUUUCCAAAACAGCUACAGUUUAUAAUCCGAUUAUUUAUGUCUUUAUGAACAAACAGUUCAGGAGGUGUUUCAUUCAGCUGUUCGGAUGCAGUGACAGAGAGACUGCAGCGUCCAAUAUGAACCCAACUUUGGAGAGAGUGGUGCUAACCCAGGACAAAGGUGGUGGUGAAAUGUUCACAAUAGCAGCACACAACACCAUUUCAAACAGGAGAAAUGAGGAUGAACAGAGGAGCUGCCAUUCUUUUGCUCAGUUGACAGUUUCAGAAAACAAAGUCUGUCCCAUGUAA